AGGAAGCGCGGUUCAGUGAUGGACAGGAAGUGACGUAGUAAUCGCUGCGUCUGAAGCAGAAGUGCUCGGUAUUUGACUGCAGAGCCCGGGACCGCUGUUACCCUGGAUACCGGGAAAUUAAGUGAGGCGGGAAGGGGCCCGCAGGAGGCCGCCCCCGGUAUGACAGGCCAGCCCCGGAGUGUGGGGGGAGCGGCGGGCAGGAUGUUCGCGGGGCUGCAGGAGCUCGGGAUCGCCAACGGGGAAGAUCUAAAGGAGACGCUGACCAACUGCACCGAACCCCUGAAGGCGAUAGAGCAAUUCCAGACUGAGAAUGGCGUCCUGUUGCCGUCGCUGCAGUCGGCGUUACCGUUCCUGGAUCUUCACAGCAUCCCCCGCCUCGAAUUCCACCAGACGGUGUUCGAUGAACUAAGGGAGAAGUUACUGGAGAGAGUGUCCGCCAUCGCGUCGGCAGGCAAAGAUGACCACAGAUAUAGCAAAUUGGAAGAACUAUUAGAAAAGUCUUUCCCAUUGGUGAAGAUGCCGUCUAUCCAGCCUGUCGUCAUGUGUGUGAUGAAGCAUUUGCCCAAGGUGCCGGAAAAGAAGCUGAAGCUGGUGAUGGCCGACAAGGAUCUGUAUAAAGCCUGUGCCGUGGAGGUGAAGCGGCAGAUCUGGCAGGAUAACCAGGCUCUGUUCGGGGAUGAGGUCUCUCCUCUGCUCAAGCAGUACAUCCUGGAGAAGGAGAACAUACUGCUCAGCAGUGACCUCUCUGUCCUCCACAACUUCUUCAGCCUCUCCCCAAAGACAAGACGUCAGGGGGAGGUUGUUCAUAAACUGACUCAGAUGAUUGGGAAGAAUGUGAAGCUGUAUGACAUGGUCCUGCAGUUCCUGCGCACUCUCUUCUUGAGGACCCGAAACGUUCACUACUGCACCCUGCGGGCAGAGCUUCUUAUGUCUUUACAUGACCUGGAUGUCAGUGAGAUUUGCUCGGUCGACCCCUGCCACAAGUUCACCUGGUGCCUGGACGCCUGCAUCCGAGAGAAGUUUGUGGACGCAAAGAGAGCUCGAGAAUUACAGGGAUUUCUUGACGGUGUGAAGAAGGGUCAAGAACAGGUUCUGGGAGACUUAUCCAUGAUCCUGUGUGACCCCUUCGCCAUCAACACUUUAGCUUUGAGCACCAUCCGGAAUCUACAGGAGCUGAUCAGCCAAGAAUCUUUACCCAGAGACAAUCAUGAAUUACAUCUGCUUCUUAGAAUGCUUUCCCUGGGGCAUGGAGCCUGGGACAUGAUCGACAGUCAGGUGUUCAAGGAGCCUAAGCUGGAUGCGGAGCUGAUAACCAAGUUCUUGCCUCUCCUGAUGUCCUUAGUAGUGGAUGACUACACAUUUAAUGUAGAACACAGGUUACCGACAGAAGAGAAAGUGCCAGUCACCUACCCCAGUACCCUGCCGGAUUUCUUUACAAAGUUUCUGCAGGAGAACAGAAUUGCCUGUGAGAUAGGACUGUAUUACCUGUUACACAUCACAAAGCUGAGGAAUAAGAACGCUCUUCUCCGCCUGCUGCCCGCCAUCAAAGAGACAUUCAAUGACACAGCGUUCACAGAUAUAUUCUUGCACCUGUUCACCAGUAACCUGACGCUGCUGUCUGAGGAGUUUGGUUCUGAAGAAUUUUGCACCCACAUCUUUGAUGGUUUCUUCCUUGUUUCCCUCAGCAAGAAAGAAAACAUUCACAGACAUGUCCUCCGUCUGCUGCUUCACCUCCACCACAAAGUGGCACCUUCCAAACUGGAGUCUUUACAGAAAGCAUUGGAACCUACCAAAACGAGUGGAGACGCAGUCAAGGACCUUCACAACCAGCUGAGUGAAAAGCUCCAGCAGAAGAAACCCAGCCCUCCUGCCGCAGAACCGGAGCCCGCAGCCAUGGACUUGGCCCUACACAACAUGCCCACACCUCCGGUGGUUUAAUAUGGUACCAUAAUUACUGUAUAGUGAUGGACAAUGCUAAAUGCUUCGUAUCCCAAACCAUGAAGGUAAAGGGCAGAGCAGAUGUCUUAUCCUAUGGGCCUGACGGGCUGGAGAUUGCUGCACAUUGUACCCGAGCCCUUUGGGUGAAGCUCUUUCUUACAUACUGCUCAGUGGCCCAUGGAAGCGUUCUGUGUCCCUGCUGAUACUACAAUAGCAUUAGCCCCUGCCUGUGUGUUGGAUGACUGGUAUAUUGGUAGCUGCGAGUAAGUCUGCACAGACCACAUCUGGCCUUUAUAUUUUUAUUUUUACUGAAUGGAAAUAAAAGUGUUGUGUUUUUUUUUUCAUACAAUAUUACAACUUCUUCAAGAGCUUUAUGCCGAGAAAAAUGUCCUGUUGCUUAUUCCAGGGCAGAAAAAAACUAAAAAAGAGAAAUUCCAAAAUUUAAAUAACUGAUCUAUGCAGUAAUGUGCCUUCCUAGCCAGUGAUUGGCUGACAGGUCCUGCAACGAGGGCUUGUGUCUGGUCUGGCUAAGGGGGUCUCUCAAAGAGAUGGUCUUUUGGAGAUGUUUUUCUGUAUUGACAUGAUAUUCUUUUCUACAGCCUCACCUAUCGGAAGAACACAACCACCACCACUUUUUGUAAAUUGUUUAUAUAUACAUUAAAGGAGUAUUCCGGGAUGUAAAAAUUGUCCCCCAUACUCCCGCCAAUAAAAAAAAAAGACACAUACCUGCCGCCGCUCCCCUGGUGCCUCCAAUAA